AAGUCACUACCAUUCACCAAAGCAGCCCAUCCUCUCAGUCUAUCACAUCAGUGUAACUAGUUGCUAUCAUUAAAUAAUCAACAUUAAUAAAGACAAGAGCCAUUUCCAGUUAUACCAGCAAAUGUGUUUACUCAAGCAAACCAAAUCAAGAAUGCCUUACCAGUAGAGAGGAUAGUAGCUACAAAACUUUCAGGUAUCUGCUGUUUCAGCAUUUACUGUUUUUCUUUUAUUAGCAUAAAGUCUUUAACAUUUCAGGGGAAGCUAAAUAAACACACCGCUGGUGAAGGAACAUGAUGAGAUGUACCCCUCAUUGGGAAGUGUCAGCAGGGUCUGUUUCUGUGGUCUAAAUUCUAUUGAAGAGUUAUAACUGAACUUCCCACAGGGGCCAGACUUAUCAUCUGUCAACGAAGACUCAGUAAUGCAUCACUUCCUGGAAUUGAUGGAUGACAAAAGAAAAUGCCCACAUAAAUCAAAUAAUUCUAAAGCGUAGUUUUGAAGAGUCUUUAUUCCGGUCGGUAGCUUCAUUUACAAAACUUUCCAGCAUGACUUGCUCACAAACAGCCCGCUCACGAUCCCACUCUGCCUUGUCCCGGGAGAACCAGUGUCAAUUGCUUUCUCUCGCUUUUCAAAAAGAAAUUCGCAUGAAACUGAAAUGAAAUUCUGAGAAAUAACGUGAAGCGGAUGUUGCUGUGAUAGGCCAUGCACGCCCAACUUGGAGAAGGAAUGUUGUGUAAUGAAUGUGAAAUGUAUACAUUUAUUUCUGAGAGGGGAAAGGGGGGUCGAUGUAAAAGAUCAGAUUUUAAAGGUUGUAUAUCCCUCAUUUAAAACAAAAGGGUAAAUCCGAACAGGAAGCGUCAAAACGUCAUGUGAAAAAAAAAGCCUUCGUCAAGCGAGUAGUUCCUUCUAGUCAGACACGUGUAAUGUUUUAAAAAUAUACUGCCCGUGCUUUUGUCUUUUUUUAUUAUUACAAGAGUGGUUUUCUUGGAGCUUUUAAACCAGCAAAUGUUAAUCGGAAUAAGACAGAGGGGCAAGCGAGUGGAGUAGAUUUGGACAUUUAUUUUUCGAGAGAGAGAGAGAGAGAGGUACGGAAAAAAAAUCCGGAGAAGGAGGGGGAUCCCCGGGGAGGAAAUUCCCGAGCUGUUGGAUGGAAAUACGCCGAUUGCGAAAUGACAUGGAGGGAACGGAAUGGAUACAGUCAGUCACUACCCCGAGGACAAGGUUUAACCUCUUUUCAUAUUUACUAACUGAGUCGGAGUAAACUCUUCAGUCUCAUUUCAGAGAAUCCACAUAAAGCUACAGUGUCUCUCAAUAAUUAGCUUUCAAUGUAACGCUGAAAAUACGGACAAUUUGUGCUACUUGCUACAUUUUUGACAAUCAGAAUUCAGACAAUUAAUAUUUAGAGACGGAGGAAUUUUUGGUAACAUUUUUACAAUUUGAUACAGCACACAAUGUCUUCGUUUAGAUAUCCUUUUUCUAAAAACUUCUUGGACUUUUGAGAAGAAAAUCCCGAUUGAUAACUUCGUUUUUGCGCUCUGAUUUGGGGGGUGGCCGCAUUUAUAAACAAUGUCUGUGGACAACGAUGAGGUCUGCAGCCGGCUGACGAAGGACAACCGGGUCCCCAAGGCCAGGCUGAAAAGCUACAACGCCAUCACCACCUUCUACCACGAAACGCUGCAGGAAGUGGGCCGCCUGAGCCAGGAGCUCGCCCUGAAGGACGGCCUGGUCAAGGAGCUGCAGGCUCGCCUGGCCGCUUACGAGGGCAGCACCGCGGUGGUCAGUUUCGGCCAGGAGCCCGGGGUCAGCUUCGGCCCGUCCGGCUCCCUUGUGGACUGUCUGUUGCAAGAGGUGGGUAAAGUCAAAAAGGAGCUGGCGGAUUCAUCAAGGAUUUGGCAGCAGGAGAACACUAAGCUGAAAGAGGAUCUGCAGGUGGUUCAGUUACGGCUCAGGGAGAAGGAACGUGAAGUAGAGCAGAUGGUGAGCAGCUCAAAGCACGAGGCGACCAGUGAGAUUGCCAGGCUGCACCAAACCCUGCGGGACAAGGAGAGACUUCAUGCCACCCAGAGGCUGUGGUGCCGCUCGCUGGCAGAUGAGACUGAACAACUACAGUUGCGGCUGGCUAGCACUGCAGACAUGUGCCAGCAGCUGGCACAGCAGCUGGAGGAGCAGCAGGCAAAGACUGGGCACAGGAUGGAGAAGGAGCAGAACCCUGCCAAACAGGAUGCCGAGGCACUACCGUUACAUCAAGCCGAUUCACCAGACAGCAACAUGUGUCAACUGCAAGAGGAGAACCGAGUGCUCAAACAGAAAGUACUUUAUGUGGAAGACCUUAAUGCCAAAUGGCAAAAGUAUGACAUCAGCCGAGAGGAGUAUGUUAAGAACCUUCACCAGCAGCUGAAGGAUCUGAAGUCCAGGGUUGACCGAACUGGACUUAGUGCCCCUCAGGCUAACGAGAAUGUGCUGCAGCAGGAGAUCUUGAGGCUGAACCGGCUGCUGGAGGAGAGUAUGAAAGAAUGUGGGCGCCUCGCAGGCUUCCGGGAUGGCCUGGACAAGGAAAGGGUGACCAUUCAACAACUCCGGGAUGAGCUACAAACCGCACAGGCAGCUGAAGCUGCUGCCAAUGAGAGAGUGCAAAUGCUGGAGCAACAGGUCCUCGUCUACAAAGAUGAUUUCCAUUCAGAACGGGAGGACCGUGAACGGGCCCAAAGCCGGAUUCAGGAGCUCGAGGAAGAGAUGGCUUGCCUGAGGUUGCAGUUGCCAAGGAAACAGGAACACCGGGAUGCAGCUGCCCGUCACCAUGGCAGGGUCAGCCCCUACUACUUGGAGCCUAAUGUGCAGGCGCCAUUCCUUGGUAAUAGUACAGAGACACCAGCAAAGAUCUCCCACCCCUUACAGUCCAGCGGGAGCCCGGGUACUGAGACCAGACAACAAGGACUUCUGCAGUGCCCCAAGUGCAUGAGACUCUUCAAUGAUGAGGUGAGCGACGAGUGCCUCAGGCACAUCUCAGAGUGCUGCCAAUGAACCUACACGUCUCUCGUAUCAAACCACCAACAGCAAACAUUGACUCUGAUGUGCCUUCAUCCUGGAAUCUUCCCAUUGACACUGAUUACAUAACAUUCAGCACCAUUUGUGACAACUCAGGUACUGAAGCAGUCCAUGUCCAAAUACAGAAAGACCUGGACACUGGCCGUUGAUGAACCGACAUCGAGAAAAUUCCUGGAUUCACAGGAAAAACCUGCACAAUAGUAACUUUAAACAUUUCGUAUAAAUGGUUCAUCAAUUACUUUUCAUGAUGAUAAGGUCAGAAGUGGGAAGAUUUUUGAAUUGUUAAGCAGUGUUUCAUGGUUCCUCAUGUACUGAAGCAGUCCAUGAGCAGCAAACCUUGGACAAUAACCAGAGAAUGGAGAAGAGGCAAGCAACAUCACUCCACACAAUUAGCAGACAGUGGCCAUUUGAACAAGAGAGAGUCUAACCAUUAUCCUUUGACCACCAUCACCGAAUCCACCACUAACAACAUCCUAAUGGAUCACUAUUGACUAGAAAUUGAACUGGACUAUCCAUGUAAAUACAGUGCCUAUAAGAGCAUAAAGAGAUGGAGUUUAAUUUAGAGCGUGAGAUGCUGCAUUUUGGAAAAGCAAACCUAUUGGAAGGAUGUUGUGAAACU